AUGCUGUCGCGCGCAUUCUUACUCCUGGUGUUAUGGUCGACGAUACAUGCGGAGCGACAGUCGGAUAGGGAUCGAAACCGACACGGACGUCUACCCGAUAGCCAAAAAUUCUUUUGGCAAACGAGCGAUAAGCGGAUACCCUACGAGUCGAAAAAUGUCCAGCAGCCGUCUCGUAGUAAAGUCACGCCGAGUCUGCCGGAACGAAGUCCUAAUCGCGACCAACGACAUUGGAACGCCAGUGUCUCUGUCAAUAUCAACGGUCUCUUCGAUAUUACGGUUAAACCAAAAAUUGAAGUAUCAGAGCUUUACAAUCACGUGCUUAUGGCGAGCACCUGUAUUUUCAAUAAUAUCACAACAAAACUUCCCCAUCAUAUAGCAAUAUUAGAUAACGUGAGAUACGUAAUAAGUCAUCCCUGCAUUAGCUACAUAGCCGAUGUCUGUGUCGUAGUGCUCUCGCUGUUUACUCUGGUGCGCUUUGAGAAUAACGUGUGCAUGGGUGUGUCCGGUGAGAACGGUACCUGCAUAAGCCCGGCGGAGUGUGCCCAACGUGGUGGACUGUCUAGCGGCAUCUGUGCCAGCGGUUAUGGAGUCUGCUGCAUUGUCACUGUAAGCUGUGGGCAAUCGACAUUCGACAAUAAUACAUAUUUUGUAAAUCCAAGCUACCCGUCGACUUUUGAUGGGACUGAUUCCUGCCAACUAACUAUUAUCAAAUCUCACUCGGAUAUUUGCCAAUUCAGAUUGGAUUUCGUUCAAUUUAACGUAAAGGGGCCAGAAACGUUAAAUAAUUUGUGCACCUAUGAUCAGUUCAUUGUAUCGGGCGGAAAUCCAAUAUCGCCGAUUUGCGGCAAUAAUAAUGGAAAUCACAUGUACAUUGACGUUGGUACCGGUCCGACGAAUCCUGUGACUCUAUCCUUUGUGACCAGCGGCAGUGGUUUUGAUCGUUCUUGGCGCGUCCGCAUUGCUCAAAUACCCUGCAGUAGUAUAUUUCGAGCGGAGGAAGGAUGCAUGCAAUACUACACCGGUGUCUCCGGUCAGAUAAAGUCCUUUAACUAUGAUCCAAAUAUUGGCCUACAGUUGUCCAAUCAGGACUACAGUAUUUGCAUUCGAAUGGAGAGAAACUUUUGCGGCAUUCAGUACAUGACAUGCGACGACGGAAGUAAGAUAGCUAAUCCCAUGGCAAAUGCCAUGUCGAUGCAGCAAAUGAUGCGAAGCAGCUCGUUCACAUUGUCCGGGAACACGAUAAACGGCCAGUACACAGCAAUGACGGAUCGCUCCUGCCAGAAUGAUUGGCUGAUGAUGCCAUGCGCCGGUAAUUCCGGUCGGCUGCCAAGUUCACAGAUCUCUUGCGUCGACAGGAUUUGCGGUGGCGCCUUCAACACCGAGACCUCCGUUAACUCAACCUCCAUUAUAAGCACUGUUAAACCAUUCCGACUCGUAUUUCACACGGACGGCACCGAGGCGCCUAACGAUUUUGGCAAUCGUGGCUUCUGUCUUAAUUAUGUCCAGCAGCCGUGCACCAUGAAAUUACGAUGAAGGAGAAUUUUGCGCCCACUCCGGAACUGCAUCUAUUUAG